CUCCUUGCAGUCUUUGAGGUGCACAAUUAUGGCUCAUGAGCAAUGGUUGUUGCUUGCUUUGGUUGGGCUUGGGAUGCGCUUACAAGCCAUGCUUGAGGACUUUAAUUUCUACUACUAUGUAAGUCAGUGGCCGGGAUCGUACUGUGCACAAUCGAGCAAAAGGUGUUGCCUUCCAACAACUGGUGAGCCUGACGAAGACUUCUUUGUCGUCGGCCUGUACGCCGCCAACUCCACUGAGGCCGUGCUCAGAAAGUGCCCAAACGAACAAUCCUUUGAGUUCUCACAGUUGGAGGGUCUGGAGGAAAGUCUAUCCGGUUUGUGGUCUAGCAUCAAGUGCCCAAGCAACACUGGACAAUCAAUGUGGAAGUCCUUAUGGAAGAAUAAUGGGGUCUGCUCAAACCUCAGCCUAUUCAAGUACUUUAAGCAAGGCAUAAUCAUCCACCGUGAAAUCAACCUCAUAAAAGCCCUCAGAUUCCAAAGCAUCGUGCCGAACGGUCGAUUAUACCAACUUGCAGAGAUAAAAAAAGCACUGAAGCAUGAGUUAGGGGCGGAGGUUGCGAUCCGAUGUAGAGAGAAUUCCAACUCUAUGAAGUCUAUGUCUGGAUCGACAAAGUUGAUGCCACAAGUUUGUUACCUUGCCCGAGCUUGCCUGACUUUAAAUGCUCUGACGAGAUACCCUUCCCUGCCUUCGAUUUCCAAAUGCUCAAGAAAGAUGUGACCAGUAACUCACACAAUCUCCAAGUUGAAUGAUGGCCAUGACACUAAGAGAACAUGUUGAUUUUCUUCUCAUUUCAAGCUCAUAUUGAUGCUCUAAUACCACUUGUAGUGCUCUAAUACCACUUGUUGUGCGUGGACGUUCUAAACU